GCCGCCGCCGCCUCCCGCCUCCCCGCCCCUUCCCCGGCCGGCGCUCCCGUUACGCCGCGGAGCCGGGAGCCCGAGCCCGAGCCCGCGGCGGCAGCGGGAGGCGGCGAGGGGGCGCCCCGGCGGCGGCGGCGGCGGCGGCGGCGGCGGGGCCUGCGGGGCCUGCGGGGCCUGCAGGCGGGCGGGCCGGGCCCGGCCAGGCCGCGAUGGCGACCAAGAAGGCGGGCUCGCGGCUGGAGACGGAGAUCGAGCGCUGCCGCUCCGAGUGCCAAUGGGAGCGGAUCCCCGAGCUCGUCAAGCAGCUGUCGGCCAAGCUCAUCGCCAACGAUGACAUGGCCGAGCUCCUCCUCGGGGAGUCGAAGCUGGAGCAGUUCCUGAAGGAGCACCCUCUGCGGCAGGGGGCCAGCCCCCGGGGCCCCCGGCCGCAGCUGACCGAGGUCCGCAAGCAUCUGACCGCUGCCCUGGACCGAGGGAACCUCAAGUCAGAAUUCCUACAAGAAUCCAGUCUGAUCAUGGCCAAGCUGAAUUACGUGGAAGGCGAUUAUAAGGAAGCCCUGAACAUUUACGCACAAGUGGGCCUGGAUGACCUGCCGCUCACGGCGGCGCCUCCGUACCGGCUGCGGGUGAUCGCUGAGGCCUACGCUACCAAAGGACUGUGUUUAGAGAAGCUGCCUAUCUCGUCUUCUACCAGUAACCUCCACGUGGACCGGGAGCAGGAUGUCAUCACCUGUUACGAGAAAGCGGGGGACAUCGCCCUCCUGUACCUCCAGGAGAUAGAGAGGGUAAUACUUUCUAAUAUUCAGAACAGAAGCCCCAAGCCUGGCCCUGCUCCCCACGAUCAAGAACUAGGGUUUUUCCUAGAAACAGGACUUCAGAGAGCCCAUGUCCUCUAUUUCAAAAAUGGGAACUUGACGAGAGGAGUCGGGAGAUUCAGAGAGAUCCUCAGAGCAGUCGAAACAAGGACCACUCAAAACCUGCGAAUGACGAUAGCCAGGCAGCUGGCCGAGAUCCUGCUGCGGGGCAUGUGUGAGCAGAGCUACUGGAACCCCCUGGAGAGCCCGCCCUGCCAGUCGCCUCUGGACGACCCUCUCCGGAAAGGAGCCAACACGAAAACCUACACCCUCACCCGCAGAGCCCGCGUCUACGCAGGAGAGAACAUUUUUUGUCCUCAAGAAAACACUGAAGAAGCCCUGUUGUUACUGCUGAUUAGUGAAUCAAUGGCCAACCGGGACGCUGUGCUGAGCAGGAUCCCCGAGCACAAGAGCGACCGCCUCAUCAGCCUGCAGAGCGCGUCUGUGGUCUAUGACUUACUGACCAUUGCUCUGGGAAGAAGAGGCCAGUAUGAGAUGCUGUCGGAGUGCUUAGAAAGAGCCAUGAAGUUUGCCUUCGAGGAGUUCCACCUCUGGUACCAGUUUGCUCUCUCGCUAAUGGCUGCUGGGAAAUCCGCCCGAGCCGUGAAGGUGCUGAAGGAGUGCAUCCGCCUGAAGCCCGACGACGCCACCAUCCCUCUGCUCGCCGCCAAGCUGUGCAUGGGCUCCCUGCACUGGCUGGAAGAAGCUGAAAAUUUUGCCAAAACUGUUGUCGAUGUGGGAGAGAAAACAUCCGAGUUCAAGGCCAAAGGCUACUUAGCUCUGGGACUCACGUACAGCCUGCAGGCCACUGAUGCUUCUUUGCGAGGGAUGCAGGAGGUCCUGCAGAGAAAGGCGCUGCUCGCGUUUCAGAGGGCCCACAGCCUGUCGCCUACAGAUCACCAGGCCGCCUUCUACCUGGCUCUGCAGCUUGCCAUCUCCAGGCAGAUACCGGAGGCUUUGGGGUACGUCCGCCAAGCUCUUCAACUUCAGGGGGAUGAUGCCAACUCCCUGCACCUGCUUGCCCUCCUCCUGUCAGCACAAAAACACUACCACGACGCUCUGAACAUCAUCGACAUGGCCCUGAGCGAAUAUCCAGAAAAUUUCAUACUGCUGUUCUCCAAAGUGAAGUUGGAGUCGCUCUGCCGGGGCCCGGAUGAGGCGCUCCUCACCUGUAAGCACAUGUUACAAAUAUGGAAAUCCUGCUACAACCUCACCAACCCCAGUGAUUCGGGACGAGGGAGCAGCCUCUUGGAUCGGACCAUCGCAGACAGACGGCAGCUGAACACCAUCACUUUGCCAGACUUCAGCGAUCCCGAGACAGUGUCAGAUUCCUCCUCCUCCUCCUCUUCUCUCUCAAGAACCGAGUCUUCCCUCCACCUGUUUGUGUCUUCUCAUCUUCAUUCUCAUCCCAAACCCGACACCUUUGUGUGGCCCCCUGCAGCUCAUGCAGUCAGUGACUCUGGUCCCCGCCGGGAGCCCUCUCUCUGCAGCUCACCAGAAGCAUACUUUCAUGGUUUUCCCUCCCUCUUUUCAGUUAGCUCUGUCCACGCCACGUCAGUAGCAGCCUCCAGGGUGGAGCAGGCUCUGUCAGAAGUGGCCUCGUCUCUGCAGAGCAGCGCCCCCAAGCAGGGCCCACUACACCCCUGGAUGACACUGGCACAGAUCUGGCUCCACGCAGCGGAAGUCUACAUCGGCAUUGGGAAGCCCGCGGAAGCCACCGCCUGCACCCAGGAAGCUGCCAACCUCUUCCCGAUGUCCCACAACGUGCUGUACAUGCGGGGCCAGGUCGCUGAGCUCCGCGGCCACCUGGAGGAAGCCCAGCGCUGGUAUGAGGAAGCCUUGUCCAUCAGCCCCACCCACGUGAAGAGCAUGCAGCGACUGAUGAAGCUGCUGGCCUGCCCCGUGGGGAGCCCGUGUGUCUCUCUCCAGACACAGAGGAGCCGAGCUGCAGGGACGCAGGGCCCCGCAGGGUCGCUCAUCCUCAGCACCCGCUGCUGGAUCCAGACAGAUGCCUGGGGCUGGAACCAACGUGCAAGCGAGCCACCCCUGCAGCAAUCUCCCAGAACAAACCAGAAGCAAAACCGGCCUCCUCCUAAGGACAGUGUGUUUCUCCAGGCCUCUCAAAGCAAGGCAGGUCAAUGGAGUUAUAAUUGGCUCUCUAAUUAGAACUCCCACAAGCUGUUAAGUUCUUUACCUGCUGCCUGGCAUCUCACACAAAGGUGACAAAUCUGCCUCUGCCUGGCAAUGAUUAAAGAAAGCCAGCUCCAGUCCCACCCCUCUUGCCGACAGCAGCCCCCUCCAGCUCCUUGCUCCCGCCCACACACCCACCAGCAAGCAUGACAGGGGACACAGGCUGGCUUACAGGAAAAUCGGCUGUAGGGAAAUGGGCUCCGAGAGCGGGGGUGCUGGGUGAGCUUUGGAGACUGAAUGGGAGGAGGCCAAGCCCUCGUCCCCGACUCGCAGGUGUGGCAAGUGUUCUGAGGGUGUCUCAAGAACGCAUUAAGCCUCCCACAACGAGUCGCACCCCUCCUCUCCCUCCCUGUGUCCUCAACACAGCACUGUCAGGACCGCGGUGUGCUUUGUGUGACAGGGCCGGGUCUGUCGCCGCCCCAGCAUCUCCUGUGCCCGCUCUGUCCCUUUGCUCCGGGGCUGGCGCCUCGCCGUCCCUGGCAGCCAGCAGAUGCAGCGGUGCGUGCCGGAGCCAGCAGCCCCGUCUGCUCAGCCCUCCGCAGCCCCACCUGCAGUGGCUCCCCUUGGCAGGUUCACAUCAGCCGUGGGAGGGGCAUGUGGAUGGUGGAAAGACAAGUGCUGCCGACCAGGGCGUUUUUCCCUCGGGAGCCCUGCAUCCAAAGGGUGGGAGGGGAGGCAGAGCCAGGGGGCGCGGCGGACACGAGCAGAGGACCCCCACCCCCACCCCAGCCCUGACUCCCGGGACAGAGGGCGCUGGCCAUGCACAGAUCUGAGGGAGCUCGCCUGCCAUCCAGGAGGAGACGGAGCGGCUGCAGAGCGGGGGAGGCAGCACAGCUCAGGGUGCCCAGGCCAGGGAGGGGGAGAGCCGAGCUUGAGUUGUGCCCUCACCAGACACUGGCAGUGGGGGUGACUCGGCUCUCUCACUUAAUCUCUGUAGCACAGAAGUGAACAUUCCCACCUCGCAGGUUCGCCCAGGGGCCACACGUGGCCCUCAGCACUUGCCCUGUCCGGGAGCUUCGCCUGGAGCCCCUGUGCCCCCCUCCCCCUGGCACAGAGUGGCUGUGAGAAUCGUGUGUGGAGCGGAGAGGCCUCAGGGGCCGACGAGGAGGGGUGUGGGCACCCCCGUGGGCCUGUCCCUCCCCUCCCCUUGAGAGAAACCAAAGCAAAGCAGGGAAGGGUCCCCAUGGGCUUCCGGGGUGCUGAACCCCUCAGCUCCGGGGGACAGCCAGAGCCCGCAGGACAGGUCACCUCUGGCUGUCGGCAGGCGCUGUAUGGGCCCCGGUGCCUGCAGUAGGAGCCGGAGAGCAGGUGGCCACAGGAGCAGUAUCUGCGGGUGCCUUCCAGUGUCCCUGUCUCCUCCAAGUCAUUGUUUAAGCCCCCAGGGACCGUUUCCGAGCUCCCUGCCUGGGCAUCUGGCUCCUGGGAAAGCUAAGGAUGUGCUUGUUAGCCGUGAACCAUUGCACGGUAGGCGGCCUCGCGUAUUACUCAGCUUGGCGCAGGGGAGCGGCCGCUUGGUGGGGCUCAUCCCCACGGCGCUGACUCGCGGCUUGGAGGGAACGGCUCUAAUCUCGAUGCUGAUUUAUUCCACGUUGAGUGGCAAAUGAUAGGCACGCAACCGUGUGGGAGAGAAUGUGCCAGGCUGGGCCUCCGCUCCUGCCCAGGGCUCCAGCCUCAGGAGUGCAUCCGUUUCUGCACCGCCACACGGUUCCCCAGCCCGCAUCUGGGGGCCCUGAGGAGAGAGCUCCCGGAGCAAGAGGCCCAGUUUCUGAGCGAAGGGCCUGCUUCUCUCGCCCUCGCUGGAUCGCAGCCUUGGCUGUGCUGGUGCAUCCAGGACUGCUGUGCGGUGUGUGCAGGAAGUGGCCAAGGCCAUCGGCAGGGCUGCUGGCCUGUGAGGUCCCUGACCCCGCCUCCCACCCAGACUUGCUUCUUUGCAUUCCAGCCCUCCCUUUGUUGCAGAGUGUCUUGUCACUUCUGGCUGUGCCACCUGCAGCGCACCAGGAUGACCCCACCCACAGCGGCAGGAUUCAGGCCCCGGGGUUGUCCAGAGAACUGCUCCCUCCAGCUGCAGCAGGGGUGGAGCAGGAGGGCCUAGGGUGUGCAGCUCCAGCAGGGCCCAUCCUCCUCCUUUCUGGGGAGGCUCGGGCUGUGGGGAGUGCUGUGGCCGGCCUGGCGUCGUCCCGGCAGCUGCUCGGCGUCCGGCAUUCACCAGUGGAGUCCAGAUGCAGGCUGCAUCCCUCGGUAGCCUCAGGGGUGCCGCCUGGAAGCCGUGCCUGCUGUCCUGGCUAGGGGAGCACCCUCAUUCCCACCACCCCCACAGCCCUUCCGCAGUGGGCCCAGAGGUAGUUUCCACGCUGGUUCUCAGGGUAGAUUCUGGGCUGAACAGAGGAGGCGGCUGGGGCAGGCCUGGGAGCUGACACCCACUCCACAUCAGCUGAGUGCCCCCAGGAUGUGCCAGGGGCUGGAGUGACUUGCAUUAGUGAGUAUGCCUGCCAGGUCCCAGGGACCACCAGGUGUCAGGGAGGCAGAGAUGAGCCCCACAGCCCCUGCCUCCAGGGGCCUGAGCCGUCUCCGGCCAGCAGCCGCGAGUGCUCCUUGCACCGAGCUUUCCCGAGCUCCCUGUAAACCCCACAGCCCUCUUGUGGCUCCACUCCACUGCUUCCUUUCAUUUUUGUUUUCUUUUUUAAAAAACAUUAUUUGGAAAGUCAAGUUACAGAGAGAGAGGGAGGGACAGACAGAAAGAGAGAGAUCUUCCAUCCACUGGUUCUUUCCUACAAUGGCCCCAACAGCCAGCACUGGGCCAAGGAGCCAGGAGCCAGGAGCUUCUUCCAGGUACCGGGGCCCAAGCAUUUGGGCUAUUCUUCACUGCCUUCCCAGGCCAUUAGCAGGGAGCUGGAUCAGAAGUGGAGUAGCUGGGACUCAAACCAGCACCCAUAUGGGAGCCAGCAUUUCAGGUAGUGGCUUUACCUGCUAUGCCAUAACACAACUCCCUCCUCCCCCGUUUUUAAUUUUUUACUGGAAAGGCAGAGAGACAGAGAAAGAGACAUUUGCUCUCAGUGUUGAGUGAUAAGCGGUCAGCUCCAGAACAGAGAGCACCUCCCACAGUUGCACCCUACCCCACCUAGGGACAGGCUGAAGCUGAGGCCAGAUGAGGGUGUGUCAGGGUCAGGGGGGAGGGAUCCCAGCCGCGGAGCCUCAGGACCUCAGCUGCGGUCCCCAGACCCCCCACCCCCCGGGCCUGGUGCUCUCAGGGUUCCCCUCAGGGCAGCUCCAUGGUGGUUACAUGUGAAGGAUUUCUUUGACUGUGGGGACCCACAGGGAGCCCAUCCGACCCUCCCCCCAUCAGAGCCCUGCAGUCGUGCCCCCUCCCUCGUGUCCCCACCCUCUGCCUGGGCCUGCGGCUCUCACCUGUGCAUGCAGGGCCCCCCCCACCCAGCCCCUAGAAGCCUGGGCCUGAGGCAGGGCCAGGGUCACCCAGAGCCUCCUAAGUGCCCCCACUUCCCAGCCAGCGCUCAUGCCCGGGGAGCAGCUGCCUCCCCUGGAGGUGGGGAGGGCUCCCCAGGAGGGUGAUUAGCACCAAACUUUCCACUGUGUAGAUGUCGGGGCCAUGGGGAAGCGCUGACUUCCAGGCCACGCUGGGCUGUUGCUGGGGAAUAAGUCAGCCAGGGAGAUGUGGGAGCGAGGCAACAGGUGUUCCUGCUGGCUGCCAGUGGAAAAGUGCGGGCAGGGGAGCCCCCGGGCAGGCGCAGCAGGUCCCAGGGCAUUGCACGGGCUCUCCUAGGAGCUGGCAGCCCCGCCUCGGAGCCACUGCAGUGGCAACAAAGCCAGGUUGGGGGCGGGGAGGCCAACUAAAACUUACCAGCCAGGGCCCCUUUGGGGGACCCCAAGGCUUGCUCCUCCCAGGGACCCCACACACGCAGGCACACACAGCAGGCCUGGGUCCCUGCUCACCGAUUGUCAUGGGCUGCUCCAGGGGCCUCUCUGGCCUGACCUCUCUCAGUUAGGGCCCUGCAGCCUGCAGUGCAGGUGCCUGUGCUGGUGCUUCCAGUGUGCUCAUUGCAUUAGCGAGAGCCACGCCCCAGGCUGCAGCCAGCAGGGAGCUUGCCCAGACCUGGGGCCCUGGAGCGCCUGCCCCCUCCCCGCCUGGGUGUCCACAGACUCUGUCUGUGGCAGCAUCUGGUACCCGGGUGCUGGAAUGUGGGAUGACCUGUGACUCUGGCAGGCUGGAGCGGGGCAGCCCCGGGCUUGCCUCUGUUCUCUUGUCCAGUCUUUGCAGCUCUGAAGUCCAAGCAGACCUAUGGCUGCUGCCAUGAAAUCAUCCGACACUAUCGAAACCAUCUCUCCCUCUCACUGUCCCGACCAUUCAAGGGCCAGUGAGGGGAUUCUGAGUUCUUGGACAGGUGGGUUGUGGCUGGGGCACAGACAGCCCCAUGGCCUAGAUCCUUGGGUGGCAGUGAUGCACAGCUCCCAUACCUUGUGCAUGACUGGGUAUCUGCAUGAGCUCAUCACCCAGCAGAGAAAACAGAAUUGGGGGAGGGGGUGUACUCUCGGCCCCAGGCAGACGCUGCCAGGGCGAGCUGCAGGGGAGGGAAGUGGCGGCCCGCGCCCCAUCCUGCUGCUCUGUCUGGCGGCACCCAGACUGUGAGGCUGAAGGGGCUGCCCUGCGGGUGGCCCUCCUGGCCCCUGGCGGGUGAAGUGGGCGUGCUUCAGGCUGCCCAGAUAGGGACAUCACCAUCAACCGCCCCACCCCAGGUCCUCUGAGUGACCUUGGGUCCCGAGAGCCCAUGGCCUGGUUCUCCUGGAACCUGGCACCGUGUGUGGAGAAAGGACUCGUGGGGCCCGGACGGACCAGCAGGGCACCAGCGCGCCUAGCACUCUGUGCCAGGAGGAUCCCUCCCUGGGCAGCACCAGCCGUACAGGGAACCUUGGCCCGUGGCGCCCAGAGCCAGCUGAGCCAUCAGAGAAGGCGCCGGGCUGCAUCCCUGCACCGCCUGGGUGCCUGACUGCCCUCCUAGAGAUCCUGGGAGUCUGACCCAGAGCAGCGGGCCCUGACCUGGGCCUCAGGAAGCCUGGGUUCCGAGAGCCACCUCUCCUCUGCCUGGCCAGGGACCUGAGCCCGUGCUUUCCCUCCCAGGAAUGAGAUGCAUCACUUCCGGGCCCCUCCCUGGCCCUGCCCGUUCAGCUGUGAAUGCUGAGGGGCAGCUGCUGCCGGAGGACUUGGGCACGCAGGGCCCGGCGUUCAGGGUGCUUCUAGGGCAGGAGCAGCAGCUCCCACUCGGGUUCCAGGUCUCCACUAGAGCCGUCUGGCCAUGAAGCAGCCACCCCACCCAGAGCCUCACACUUCCCAGUCACUGUAGGAAGCACAGGAGUGUGGCUUUAUUUCUGGAAGGUCCUCCCCUACCUCCCCUCUACCUCCCCUACCUCCCCUCUACCUCACCUACCUCCC